AUGAGGUCAGUGAGGACCUUACUCUCCCAAGGCCGUUCUCUCUCCAUCCUGAUCCUAGUCCUGGGGCUGCUCCUGGUUGAUUCUCUCGGCGAGGAUUUAAUUUUUCACCCUGAGUGGGGGUUUGACUCGUAUGAAAUCAUCAUCCCCAAGAAGCUGAGUUCACGGGGAGGGGAGGAGGCUGUGGCCAAGCACGUGUCCUACCUCCUGCAGGUAAAAGGCAAGGAGCAUGUCCUCCACCUGUGGCCCAAGAGGUUACUAUUGUCCCGAAAUCUGCAGGUUUUCUCCUUCACAGAAGAGGGCGAUCUCCUGGAGGAUUACCCUUACAUACCGGGGGACUGCAACUAUAUGGGUUUCAUUGAAGGAACCCGGGAUUCUGAAGCUACCCUAAGUACAUGCCUGGGGGGUCUCCAAGGCAUAUUGAAAAUUGAUGCCAAACAUUACCAAAUCGAGCCCCUCAAGGCCUCUUCCAGUUUUGAACAUGUCAUAUAUCUUCUGAAGAAAGAAGAGGAAUUUCACAAUCAGUCCUGUGGCUUACUUGAUGAUGAAAUAAAACGGCAGAUGGCCCAGCAUGAGAAUGUGGCUCGGCUUAGGGACUUUUCUGACUCCUAUAAACACAAAAAGUACCUUGAAUUAGCCCUGGUCUUUGAUCAUCGUAGAUAUUUGUACUCCAAUUCCAAUCUUACUCGAGUCAUAAAUGAUGCCAUUCUUAUGACUGGGAUUAUGGACACUUACUUCCAAGAUAUCAAUAUGAGAAUACAUCUGAGAGGUAUUGAAGUUUGGACAGAUGCAAACAAAAUGAAGGUUGAUUCUCCAACGACACAGCAGGUUUUAAGCCAAUUUUUGCUGUACAGACGCAGGACCCUAAAUGCCCGGAUCCCGGCAGAUUGGGCACACCUAUACCUUAAAGGACAAUAUGUCGAUUACCUUGGACAGUCCUUUGGAAGAGUGUGUAGUAAGACAUACAGUGGAGCUAUAAGUGUCUUUCCAGAUAUAAAUGUCCUUGGACCUGCCACCUGGAGUGCUCAUUGCCUUGGCCAUGGUGUGGGAAUGUCCCAUGAUUAUGAAUACUGUCAAUGUAAGGGCAGGCGUAGUUGCAUCAUGGGCACUGGGCGAACUGGGUUUAGUAAUUGUAGUUAUUCCUAUUAUAUUGCUUUCAUACACUCAGCAGGAGCGUGUCUAACUGACAUCCCAGAAGUAGGCUAUGUGGUUCAGAGAUGUGGAAACAAAAUUGUGGAAGAGAAUGAGGAAUGUGAUUGUGGUUCAAGAGAGGACUGUAAAAAAGACCAGUGUUGUCAACCAGAUUGUAAAUUGAAACAUGGUGUCAAUUGUAGCAUGGGACUUUGCUGUCAUAAGUGUCACUUUCGUCCCUCUGGGUAUGUGUGUCGGAAGGAAGAAAAUGAAUGUGACCUUGCAGAGUACUGCAGUGGGACCUCAGGUCUCUGCCCAAGUGACACUUAUAAGCAGGAUGGAACCCCUUGCAAGUACGAAGCCCGUUGUUUCAGAAAGGGGUGCCAAUCCAGAUAUAUGCAGUGCCAAAGGCUUUUUGGACCUGAUGCCAGGGAGGCUCCCAGUAAGUGCUAUGAUGCAGUUAAUUUAAUUGGUGAUCAAUAUGGGAACUGUGGUAUUAGAGGAAUUGGUGACUAUCAAAAGUGUACUAGGGAAAAUGCAGUAUGUGGCAGGCUACAGUGUAUCAAUGUCAAAACCAUCCCUGAAAUGCCAGAACAUACUACUAUCAUUUCUACUCAUUUGGGAGAGGAAAACCUCAUGUGCUGGGGCACAGGCUAUCAUCUAUCCAAGGUACCCUUGGGGAUACCUGACAUUGGUGUGGUAAAUGAUGGUACCUCCUGUGGUACGAAUCGGAUAUGUGUUAACAGAACCUGUGUGGAUAGCUCAUUGCUGCAGUUUGACUGUUUGCCUGAGAAGUGCAACCACCGGGGCAUUUGCAACAAUAAAAAAAACUGCCACUGCUUGUAUGGCUGGGCCCCUCCUUUCUGUGAGGAGGUAGGGUAUGGAGGAAGUGUUGACAGUGGGCCACCGGGACCGCUAAAAGCAAGGGUGCCCACCUUACUUCAGGUUGUUCUCAUCAUGUUAACACGCAUUUCUCUCUUUGCCAUCUCAGUGAUUAUUGUGUAUCUCAAGUGAUUGGUAGAAAAUUGUUUAAAACUCAAACAGAAAAAAACACCACCAAUUAACACUGGAGUUAGAAAAUCCAAGGCAAAGGAAGUCAAGAAACCAAAAGACUAA